UAAUCGGGGGAGGUAAGCUGCAAGUUACAACCUUCUCCCAAUUAUUCAAAAUAAAAUAAAAAUGGAUUCAAGUCGUGAAUUUACGAAAACACCCUCACCUUUCUUUCUAUAAAUCCAAAUCGCCCCUCUCUGUAUUUCCUUCCAUUCCAUUUCCAUACCCUUCAGCCACUGUAAUAGAAGCAUAUUAUUCUGUGUGUAUCUCCAUUUCUAGAGAGAGGAGAGAGAAAAUGUUGGGAGUAUUCAGCAGCUCGAUCAUGUCGCCGCCGGAAGAGCUGGUGGCAGCGGGGAGCCGGACGCCGUCGCCUAAAGUGACGGCGGACAAGCUGGUGGCGCGAUUCCUCGACGCCAAUGCUUCCGCGGUCUCCGUUAAGGUCGGCGAUGAUGUCCAGCUGGCCUACUCUCACAGCAAUCAGUCUGCUUUGCUGCCGAGAUCGUUUGCAGUGAAGGAUGAAAUAUUCUGCUUGUUUGAAGGCGUACUCGACAACUUGGGGAGCCUUAAGCAGCAAUACGGGCUUGCGAAAUCUGCAAACGAGGUGCUUUUGAUGAUUGAAGCAUACAAGACGCUUCGCGAUAGGGCACCUUAUCCACCGAAUCAUGUUGUUGGCCAUCUUGAAGGGAACUUUGCCUUCAUAGUCUUCGACAAGUCCACUUCGACUUUAUUUGUGGCUACGGACCCAAAUGCUAAGGUUCCUCUCUAUUGGGGAAUCACUGCUGACGGAUACGUCGCGUUUGCUGAUGAUGCCAACUUGCUCAAGGGUGCUUGUGGGAAGUCCCUUGCUUCUUUCCCACAAGGAUGCUUCUUCUCCACAGCAGUUGGUGAGAUUAGAAGCUACGAGAAUCCGAAAAAUAAGAUCACAGCUAUCCCUGCUCAGGAGGAGGAGAUAUGGGGAGCUAAAUUCAUGGUGGAAGGGCCAAGCAUUGUUGCAGCCACAAAAUAGAUGAGGCUUUGAACUCUAUGAGUUGGUCUGUUAUUUCAAAGGGCACCACAAGGAAGUGGUGGGCAUAUGAGAGAGAGAGAGAAGAGAGGGAAAGAGAGAGAAAGAGAGCAUUGUAAAUAAAUGGAAGAGUUUGGUGUCAAGAAAGUAGGGAUAAUUUAAGGCUUUUAGUUGGUAUGUCAAAAGAAGUUGUGCUAAUUUUAGGGCUUGUUUGUUACUUUUUUUUUAUCUCUCACAAUGCUGUUGGAGUUUCAAAUCCUUUGUAUUUUGUAUAGUCUUUUCUUAGUUGUGUAAUAAUAUGGUUUAUUUCAGUGGCA